UAAGAAGUCUUUUGUCAAGCUGUUUGUAUGUGUUUAUUGCUCUACCACCGCUGCCUAAUUUUAGACUGGAGCUUCCAGUCCUGCUCCUGAGCAGUGACCUUAAGACCUUAAGGUCUUAUCAUGCAUUGGUCAGUGCGGUCCACCCCCACUGAGCUCCACCAAUGGGAUCUCAACACAGAGUAAGCGAAGGCUGGAAUAAGAAUCAAAACACAACACUAUCCUGACUGGCAUGUCAAUUUUGGACUGUGAGUUGUUUUUUUUUUACUUUAAACUGACAGAAAAGAAGGCAGAAGUCAACCCUGUGUCUCAGGUACUUUUUCUCUUGUCAUUGAGUGAAGACAUAAGCUGCUUUGAGGCGUGACCUUCCUCCCAGCAAAGGCAAAACAAACAGCAUAGACACAAUGUAAAUGCCUUUACACACUUUAUCCAAGGGCACAGUUGUUAGAAAACUGUUAAAAAAGCUCAACAGCUUGUAGGCUUUAACCUGUGUUUGAAUGUCUUAAGAAAGCAUAUGCUUAUUUUUACAGUGUUACAAGAUGUUUGUCAUAUGCAAAUGUAUGCUACUGUUUUUGUCUUAAGGCCUUUAACACCUCCACCAUUGUUAUUUAUAGUUAGGACACUGUGCCUCUGUACAAUAACUAAUAGUUUUAAAAUCAAUUAUAAAUAAGCAUCUAAAUAUAUACCUUACGCACUGAGUACAAUUAAAGCAAUAGGUCCUGACUGAUUUUUAGCAUAAAUAUAUCAUUACAUUUUUUACGCAGAUAAAAUAUGGGCCGAUAUCUCAACUUAUGUUCAAGCUCUGGGAAAUCAAUCCUAAAAUCCUACUGCAAAAUCAAGUACUUAAUGAGCAUUCUGAGGAAAAUCCACUGUCGUGACCAAUUCAGGUUCUCAUUUCAACCUCAACCUUUUUCAACUAACCCAACCAGAAAGACAAGUGGACACAAAUACCCCAGGAAUACAUUCUUCAAAUAUCACCACACCUCAAUCAACAUUGAAUAUUCACGUGAACAUUUUUACUCUACCUCUUCUAGAAGGGACGAAUUUAAGGUUGAAGCUCCAGUAGGAAUUUUGGAGGAGACUCAAGAAAAUGGUCAACUGAGUAGACUUGGUGGUCGUCUUGGUCAAUCAUUUAAUCAGUUGUCAACACAUAUUAACAUGUAUUUCAAAAGAAAGAACACUGAAUCUCCAGCUAAAAGUUCAAAUACAAGGACAGCAACACCUCUUCAGACAGCUACCCAGGAAUGCAAUUUACCUCAAAAUAAAGCCACAUUACAAACAUUCAGUAAUAAUGAAACAAUUCCCCCUCCUUCACUCAGCUAUUUAGGUGUACAACUUUUUCAUUCCAGCUAUUUGGCAACACGAUUUGGAGAAAGCUACUAUUAUGUUGCAAAACACAUAAAUUCAUUUUUUUCAAGAGGGGAUGCCCAAGGUAAAGAACAGGAUCAUUUUGAUAUGCAUUCAAGAAGUGAGCAGAUUAACACAAGAAAGUUUAAAAAUGUCUCAUCGGAUGCCACUCAUGGCAAUCAAAAAGCUACAAAUAUCCAAAAUUCUACCUCCAGUAGCUGGGAAGAAGGUUAUGCAAUGUUUGCUACACACAUUAAUAAAUACUUUGGAGCUCUUGCUACUGAUAAGAAGAAACCAGGAGAAUAUACCCUGCCCCAAACCUCCAAACAUUUACCCAACAAACUGAAUCAAGUAUUUGAAUCAAAAGAUGGACUGGAUGGCCUUUUCCAUAGCAGCCACAAUGCAACACAUUUUGGUGAGAAUCAUUUCCAAAUGGCAAACCACGUCAAUCAGUAUUUCAAAGGAGAAACAUUGGAAGAGAUUGAUCUGGAUGAAACAGAGGUGGCUCCUGCUUUUACAAACUCAGGUCAAAUGAAAACUGUUUCUCUUCUGGACUGCCUGCUACAUCCUUCCAGUGCUAUCCCGGAUUUCCUCAAUAUAUAUCUCAGACCAAACCGAAUCAACAAUAUAACGUCACCUAGAAAUACAUGGAACAAUAAGUUCCUAAGUAAAAGGCAAGCAGAAGAAGUUACUUACAAUUUGAUAACAACACUGGAACAGACGACCUCUCCAGAAGACCUAGCAUCCUGCAUUGAAGCUCUCAAUGAGAAUCUUAUUCGGUACCCAUCAUGCAGAAUGGUCUUAUGGCAAAAAAAAACUGCUGUGUUACUACUACGAAAACGCCGCUCCUAUAAAAAUCAUGAGGGUCUUCAGAAUGCCAUCAGAGAAGUCCUUGCCUUGGUGGGAUAUGUAGAUCCUGCAAAAGGCAGAGGCAUCAGGGUUUUGUCCAUUGAUGGUGGUGGUACAAGAGGUGUAGUUCCUCUGCAAGUGUUAAAAGUUUUAGAGGCUCAAACAGGCAGGAAGAUACCCCAAUUAUUUGACUACAUUUGUGGAGUAAGCACAGGUGCUGUACUUGCCUUCAUGCUGGGUCUGGCCCAUUUUUCUCUCAGAGAGUGUGAGGACAUGUAUCAGCAUUUUGGAUCUGAGGUUUUCUGUCAGAAUCCAUUUGUGGGAACAGUGAAGAUGGGCUGGAGUCAUUCGUACUAUGACACAGAGACCUGGGAGACCAUACUCAGAGAGAAGCUUGGGGAGCGACUGCUUAUUAAAACAGCAAGAGAUGAGUUAAGCCCAAAGGUUUCAGCUGUCAGUGCUGUUGUGAACUGGGGAACAAGUCCAAAAGCUUUUGUUUUUCGUAACUACAACCACAGUCCUGGAUCACUCAGUCGAUACGCAGGAGGCAGUGGGUAUCAGAUGUGGCAGGCAGUCAGAGCCUCAUCAGCUGCUCCAGGAUACUUUCAAGAGUUCACUUUACAAGGAGACAUUCACCAGGAUGGGGGAAUCAUUGUGAACAACCCAUGUGCUUUAGCGGUGCACGAGAGCCGUCUGCUGUGGCCUCACCAGCCCUUUCAAUGUGUGCUUUCUCUGGGCACUGGUCGCUAUGACAGUGUAAAGAGAAACCCAGCCACCUCCACCAGUCUGAGGGCCAAAAUCAGCAACCUAAUUUGUAGUGCCACUGACACCGAAGGAGUCCACACACUUUUAGAUGACCUUCUCGCACCGAACGUAUAUUUCCGGUUCAACCCCACAAUGAGCACGGUGGUUGCCCUUGACGAAAGCCGACCUGGAGCUUUGGAGGUACUCAGGCAAGAUACACAAGAGUACCUAGAGAGAAAUCAUCCUAAACUGGCCAGACUGUGCUUGGUUCUUGGGGCAGAGCGUUCGGCUAUGAGCAAAACAAUGGACUGGAUGAGUGAGAGGGCUUGGGGAAUGAAGCAGCGUUGGGUGUGAGUAGAUAUAGCCAUUAAAACUACUACUGUCCAUUAAGACUACUACAACAGAACAACAUAAAAGACUAUGAAAUCAAAAUAUGUACCUACAAGAAGGUAGCUUCCAAAAAUAAAGCUGUGUGCUCAAAUAUAUUGACCAUAUGAUGAAAAUAUUGUGUUAAUGUAUUUCAUAUUUAUAUUAUUUGUUGUAAGACUUCAUAAAAACAUAUACUAAAGAAGAGGAGUUAAUAACAGUUUAAAGAUGCACUGCCACCUGCUUGUUUCCAUGGAGAUGUUAAAGCUGUGCCUCAAAUUCACAGUAAUGCAUUAAACAUAUCUAUAUUGCAUUUGUCCAAUUAGGGGUAUUUUUGUUGCUAAACAAAUCUGGCCUGGUGGAGCACACUUGUCUUUAAGAAGAGAUCUAACUUCUUAAAGACAAGCGUGCAAUACUGUGAAGCAUCUCCAUGGAGAUAAGCGUUUGGCAGACCUACCUCCAAAAAAGUUACAUUGUACACUUUUUUAGCUAUAAUAACUGUAUAGAUGUACCGUAUGUUAUUGUAAUAAACAUCAUCAAUUGAAUGCACAUAUACUUCAUUCUUUUUAUUACUGCUUAAUAAGUCAGUCAUUUCAGGUACCAAAUUCUACUUUUGUAUUCAUUUCUCAUUUGGUGAAUGGUCUAUGGGUUUAUCAAUGAAAUCCUAUCCACUUUGUUAGGGUUAAAUUCAUUGUUGUACCGUCUGUGGGCUGUAUCAUUUUAAUUCACAAUAGCUUGGGCCUGACAGAGGCCCUUUGUUCA